ACAGUUGACAGUAGUGAAAUUAGCAAGAUUGAGGUUAUGUCGAUGGUAGCAAAGAGUACACUUACUGUCAGCCUGACAGGCUAACCUUAAAAACAUUUGAAUUGUUUUCAAGUUAUCAGUUUUGUAAUUUGUGGAAUUAUAGAUGAUGCUCUAGGUUUCUUCAAUCUGGUAUCUCAUCUGAAACAGAAUUUGAAGUUAUAAUGAUAUGGAAUUGGAAAUUAAUAGUUAUUGCAAACAAAACAAGUUCAAGUGUAAUGUGGAUAGUUGCAUUGCUUCUUUCAGAAAGAAGUGUUAUUUGGAAAUUCAUUUGAGAAAGCAUAAUAAUGAGCGUCCUUUCAUUUGUGAUGUUCCCGAUUGUCAGAAAUCAUAUAUAACUGCAUGGCACUUAAAACGACACCAAGGUCAGGUGCAUGAAAAGGCAGAAGAGAUUAUGUGUGAUAUAGAAGGAUGUGGAUUGGUGUUAAGCAACAAGUAUAACUUGAAGAAACAUAAAUAUCGCCAACACAAUGAAUCAAAUUGUUGUUCAGUAUGUUCUCAAAAAUUCAACAAGAGGUGGCAGUUGAAUGAACACUCUUUUUUACAUACAGGAGAAUCAAGAUAUAAGUGUGCCAUUUGCAACAUUAGUUUUAACAAAUUCCACUUAUAUAAUAAACACAAGAGAACUCAUAAAACCUAUAGCUGUGAUUGUGGUAAAGAAUUUACUAGAUGGACAUUAUUUAUUGAACACAGACGAAGUUCCUGUACUAUUGAAAAAAUAGAGCACAAAUGUAUCAUUUGCCAGAAAGUCUUCACCACUAAAACUAAUUUAAGACAACACACAAUGAAGAUUCACCUAGAGGAGAGUAUGAGUCAUAGAUGUCAUUACUUGGGUUGUUCAAGAGGAUACAAAUUCAAAAAGAAUUUAAUGUUUCAUAUUCGUACUUUCCAUGAAAAAGACAACAAUAAAAUCAAGUGCAUCAAACCUGGAUGUGACACAUAUUUGAAAAAUCAGAGAAACUUGAAGAGACAUAUUGCCAAUGUGCACAAAGAAGCAUCUAAACCGAAUACUAAAAAAGAAAGAAGGCCAAGGAAAGAUAAGGGUGAACCAAAAAAAUGUAUGGCAUCCAUUUUAUCUGGUGUUGAUUUGACUGUAGCAGAAAACAAGAAUAUUAUUAAUAGAUCUUCAUACUCUGCAAUAUCUUCAUCUGAGGAAACAGAUUCAGAAAAGGGCAAUAUAACUAAUUCAAAGAAUUUGAACGAGGCAAAGAGGAAAGAAACGACUGACAUUUCACAAUCAUCCUGUGAGGGUCAACAGAACAAUGUAGAGUCAGUUGAAAAUAAUGAUUUAGAUAUGGAAGAUCCUCUUUUACAAAUCUGUGGUAGAGUUAUGACUAAGAUUCAAGAAUAUCUGAAUCAGACACCAGUACCUGCAGUGCAGGAAUCAUCAACAUACUUUAAAAUGCAAGCUUAAACUCAUGAAGAAUUGUGUGUAAAUAUUCAUCUGAUUUGUUUGUUUUUCUUCGGAUCUUCCCAUCAGACAUGAAGCCAAAUUUUAGUAACAAGAAAAUAUGUUGAAAAUUUUCAUUUAUCUCAUUAAAGAGUUGUUACAUUACAAA